AUGAAGGAAUCGAAUAAAAGGAACCCGAAACUCUGGAAAGCAGUUUUAAGGUGCUUUUGGUUUCAUAUCUUCCUGGCUAGCGUUGUGGUGUUCAUCGAUAUUACUGCCUGUACUUUACGGCCUAUACUUCUUCGCCAGCUGCUUAUGGAUAUUAAUGACCUUAAGAUAACGUUUAUUUCACUUUUGGCUUUCUGUUCAAAAUAUCAGACAUUUGGAUUGUUACACUAUAUUUGGUUUGCACCGACUCAAAUAAUCGUGGUGUUUUGGCUCAUGGGUCGGAUUGCAUUGAUACCCAGCCUCUGUGCACUUAUUGCCACAAUCCUCAAUAUUCCAUUUGGAUUUGCUUGUAACGCGUUUUACUCCAAGUUUAGAUUUUCUGCUGCCAAACAUACGGCUAAUCGUAUCCGAUUGCUAUCUGAUAUGAUCAAAGGAAUGAAAACAAUAAAGGUACAAGUAUGGGAGGAUAUAUUUUCCAAACUCAUUGGCAGUGUUCGAAGGAAAUUACGUCCGUCGACUGCACUCAAGGCUACUUCAACAGCUGAUGUCAGUUCUAGCUGGGAUUACCUGAAUCGCCUAGAAAGAUUUCUCAUUGCAUGCGUACUCCUGUAA